AUGGGCUCUUUCCAGGAUCAAGAAGGGCAGAUUCGUUGCAAACCCUGCAUAGAGAAUACUUAUACUUUACAAUCUGGAGCUCAAUCUAAUGAAUCGUGUUUGGACGUUUGCGGCAACGGAAUGUUUUCAGCUACAGGAAUGAUUCCUUGUCAGCUAUGUCCUAGACAUACAUUUGCUGGGCCUCCUCCAAUCGGAGGCUAUAAGGAAUGCGAGCCGUGUCCAGAAGGAACAUAUACAGCUCGCCUGGGCUCUGUUGGCCCUAGCCACUGCAAGCAACCUUGUGCUCCAGGGCAUUUUUCUGUAACAGGCUUGGAGCCCUGUUCUCCAUGCCCAAUUAAUUUCUAUCAGCCAAAUAUUGGCCAGCAGCGCUGUCUUCAAUGCUCAAACGAUUCUUUCACUGCAGAGACUGGUAGAUCCGCCGAUGAGCAUUGCAAAAAGCUUGAUUGCCAAACACUUAAAUGUCAGAACCGGGGGCAAUGCGUUGUGGCUAAUCAUAAGGAAGUCUGUGAAUGCCGCCCAGGCUUUAUGGGCUCACACUGUGAACAACAAAUACCCCUCUGUGACUCUCACCCCUGCCUUAAUGGAGGCACUUGUGAACUGCACAACGGAGCUUUUCGCUGUAUAUGUCCCCAAAAUUAUACAGGAUCGAGAUGUCAAUUUGGACCGGAUGAAUGCAUCUCUUCCGUUCAUUGUCCAAAUGGGGGUGUAUGUCAAGAUUUGCCUGGGCUUGGAACAACAAAGUGUAUUUGCAGGACCGGUUUCACCGGGCCAGACUGUUCUCAAAUCUCUGAUCCUUGUCAAAGCGAUCAACCAUGCAAAAAUGGUGCUCAAUGUAUUCCCUUACAACUUGGUCGUUAUAAAUGUAAAUGUUUGCCUGGUUGGGAGGGUACCAAUUGUGAUAAGAAUAUUGAUGACUGCACAGAAAAUCCUUGUGCAUUAGGCGCUAAAUGUCACGAUCUUAUUAAUGACUUUGAAUGUGAAUGUCCCCAUGGAUUUAGUGGAAAACGUUGUCAAAUAAAAGAUAAUUUAUGUGAUCCAAGUCCAUGUCUCAAUGGAGGUCAGUGUGUGGAUACACUGUUUGAUAGGCAUUGUAUAUGCAAACGUGGGUGGAAUGGAACAUUUUGUGAGCAGGAAGUUAACGAGUGCUCUCAGAAGCCGUGUCAAAAUGGAGCUACUUGUCGCGAUCAAGAGGACGAUUACUCGUGUGAAUGUGCACCAGGUUUUCACGGCUAUCAAUGCCAAUAUAUGAUUGAUCAUUGUGCCGUCAAGCCUUGUCGAAAUAAUGGAACAUGUAUAAAUCGAGGUCCAAUUUAUGAGUGUCAAUGCCCUCUUGGUUACGAGGGUGAUCAUUGUGAACACAAUGUCGAUGAAUGCGAGAUGAUGACACCUUGUGAUGCUGUUGGGACUGGAAGGUGUGAAGACUUGGUUAACGGGUUCAAGUGCCAUUGUCACCCCGGCUAUGAAGGCACUUUCUGCGAACAACACGUUAGUCAGUGUGAAGACGAACCUUGCAUGAAUAAUGGUACUUGUACUGAUUUGGGUGCCGGUUUUCAAUGUGAAUGUCAAUUGGGAUGGAAAGGUGAUCGUUGCCAGGAAAUGGAAACACAAUGUGAUCGAAAGCCAUGCAUGAAUGAAGGCAAAUGUGUCCCACUAGUCGACGAUUAUUUCUGUGUUUGCCCGGAAGGUGUUAGUGGAAAGAAUUGCGAAUUGGCCCCGAACCGCUGCCUUGGAGAACCUUGCCAUAACGGCGGUGUUUGUGGCGAUUUUGGUUCUCGAUCUGACUGUCAAUGUCCAAAGGGCUAUAGCGGCAAUGGAUGCCAAUUUCGAUUUGAUGGUUGCCACGAGGGUUUGUGCAAAAAUGGUGGAACUUGUGUUAACAAUAAUGACUUGACUAGGCAUCAAAUGUCCAAAAUUGAAAAUUCGGUAGCUGUUGAACAGAACAGUGAAGCGAUUGGAUUUAAAUGUGUUUGUGCUCCUGGAUUCUCUGGAAAUGAAUGCGAGAUAGAUAUUAAUGAAUGUCAACCUUCUCCAUGUCCUUUAGCCUCUCAUUGUGUUGAUCUAGUCAACGGGUAUUACUGUAAAUGCCCUUUCAAUAGUGGGUUUUAUCGGAUAUUUACGGAUUUUUGGAUAGUUUAA